AUGGAAACCCGUGAGGUCCCCCGCGAGGGUCAGUCCGAGCAAGGCCCACCGGGGCGCCGGGAGGAAGCCGAAAGCCCGAACCGGGGGGCGUUCAAAGGCAGCGGAGAGUUUGCACGUGGGGAUCCUGUGCAAUCGAGCCGGGGAUCCGAAGAGGGGCUUCAGAUCCGACCUCGGUUCGCUGCCUGGCUGGAGCUGUUGUGCAAGUUCACUGAGUCAUCGGGUCCUGCCAGCGCCACCGUUGUCUGGCGACGGGUCGGAUCUCCCUCCCGACAGCCAUUUUGCAGACGCCCAAGCCCCCGAGGCAGCCAUUUCCCGCAAGCCCCGGUGGCUGUCAGAAGCCCCAGAGGAUGUGCUGCCCGCGGGGCUGCUGCGGCCCCCUCGGGUCCCUGGCCAGGCGCAGCCAGACCCGGGGCCCGUUCCGCCAGGCAGCAGAGGGGCUGGAGGCAAUUCUCUGCUCUCACGGAGGUGCUUUUCCAAUUCCUGCGAGAACCAAAACAGGUGGAGAGAUUUCUAGCUCAGCUUUCUGAGUUUGCCGCGGGGAAUAAAAUCAGCCUGGGCCCCUUGAAAAACAUUGUCAAAAGCCUCCUGCUGGUGCCCAAUGGUGCCUUAAAGAGGACUCUGUCUGCCGAACAAGUCAGAGCAGAUCUUAUCACCCUGGGGCUCAGCGAGGAAAAGGCCAGGUAUUUCGAAGAACAGUGGAAGGAAAAUUCUCCAGCCCUCUCGCAACUGGCCGUGGGGCAGACGUUGAUGGUUAACCAGCUAAUAGACAUGGAGUGGAAAUUUGGAGUUACGGCAGGGAGCAGCGAGCUGGAGAAAGUGGGAAGCAUCUUCCUGCAGCUGAAAUUGGUGGUUAAGAAAGGCAGCCAGGUGGAACCAGUGUACCUGGAAUUGACACUGCCCCAGUUUUACAGCUUUCUUCACGAGAUGGAAAGGAUUAAGACAAUCUUGGAGAGCCUCAGCUGA